AGCAUCCAUUUACUGAAAGGCUGAUGUCUGCUGCUUCACUGGAUGUGUACAGACUCAGCAGUAACACAAGGAGGAAAAAACCCUACAGUGCUGUGGCUGGAUCUGGAUUACUGAGCUCAGGAACUCUUGCCACCGUGCAGUUGUCUUUGAGCAGUUAUACUGGAGCAUUUUGUGAGGAGGUUGUUGCAUCAUUCUUGCCAGAAAUGUCCACACUGGAUGUGUAAAAGCUCAGAGGGAGCGAGUAGUUGAACAAAGAGAAUCUAGCUGCUGUUUGUUCUGUGAAUACUGUGUGUGAAGGAUUUGGAGAAUUUCAUGUGCUGAUAAAUCUCAAGGAGUUGCUUUUUCAUCUGUACCCAGGACUCCACAGGUGGCUCUCAGGCUUUUGGUUUAGACUAAGUUCCAAACAUGACUACUAUGCAAAAACUGCUGCAGUUGCCAGUGAAUGCAGUGAACAUUGUGAAGACGGUGCAGAGUCAGGUCCAGGGCCAGGAGGAGGACAAGAGCCCAGUGCUGACUCCUGACGGUGGACAGCAGACCUGGUACAACGCUCUGCAGCCUGAUGAGCUGCGCCACCUCCGAUCUGGAGGUUCAGGUGGAGGUUUUGGAGGUGGUGGUGGUGGUGGUGGAGGAGGAGACCAGGAGGAGCGGGCAGUACUGGAGGAAGGUGGUGGCAGUUUCCAAAAUCAACCUUUGCGACACGACGACUUGAAGGAGAUGCUGGACAGCAACAAAGACUCCUUAAAGCUGGAGGCAAUGAAGCGGAUCGUAGCUAUGGUCGCUCGAGGUAAGAACGCAUCUGAUCUCUUCCCUGCAGUGGUGAAAAACGUGGCCUGUAAAAACAUAGAGGUGAAGAAGCUGGUCUAUGUUUAUUUGGUGCGCUAUGCCGAGGAGCAGCAGGAUCUCGCUCUGCUCUCCAUUUCCACAUUUCAGCGAGGCUUGAAGGAUCCAAACCAGCUGAUCAGAGCCAGUGCCCUGAGAGUUCUCUCCAGCAUCCGAGUCACUAUCAUCGUCCCGAUCAUGAUGCUGGCCAUCAAAGAAGCUGCUUCAGAUAUGUCUCCAUACGUCAGAAAGACUGCUGCUCAUGCUAUUCCCAAACUCUACAGUUUGGAUCCAGAGCAGAAGGACCAGCUGAUUGAAGUCAUCGAGAAACUCCUCGCUGACAAAACCACGUUGGUGGCAGGAAGUGUUGUCAUGGCGUUUGAGGAGGUGUGUCCAGAGCGCAUCGACCUGAUCCACAAGAACUACAGGAAGCUGUGUAACCUCCUGAUCGACGUGGAGGAAUGGGGGCAGGUGGUCAUCAUCAACAUGCUGACCCGCUACGCCAGGACACAGUUCCUCAACCCAAACAUCAAUGAGUCUCUGCUGGAGGAGGGGGGGGAGAAGACCUUCUAUGGCUCAGAGGAAGACGAGGAUGAAGACGACGAGGACAAGGACAAGAAAGCUGAGGUGGCCACUAUGGCCAAGAGGAAACCAUAUGUGAUGGAUCCAGAUCAUCGGCUGCUGCUGAGGAACACGAAGCCGCUGCUGCAGAGCCGCAACGCAGCUGUGGUGAUGGCUGUGGCUCAGCUGUACUUUCAUCUUGCCCCAAAAGCAGAGGUUGGCGUGAUCGCCAAGGCCCUGGUCCGCCUGCUUAGGAGCCACAGUGAGGUCCAGUAUGUUGUUCUUCAGAAUGUGGCAACAAUGACAAUCAAGAGAAGGGGGAUGUUUGAGCCGUACUUGAAGAGUUUCUACAUCCGCUCCACAGACCCAACUCAAAUCAAAGUCCUCAAGCUGGAGGUUCUCACCAAUUUGGCCAAUGAGACUAACAUUUCCACCAUCCUCAGAGAGUUUCAGACUUACAUUAAAAGCAUGGAUAAAGAUUUUGUGGCUGCUACGAUCCAAGCCAUCGGCCGCUGUGCGACCAACAUUGGCGAGGUGAGGGACACGUGUCUGAACGGCCUGGUGCAGCUGCUGUCCAACAGAGACGAGCUGGUUGUGGCCGAGUCUGUGGUUGUUAUCAAGAAGUUGCUGCAGAUGCAACCGGAGAAGCACAGUGACAUCAUCAAGCACAUGGCCAAAUUAAUAGACAACAUCCAGGUGCCGAUGGCUCGGGCCAGUAUCUUAUGGCUGAUUGGUGAGUACUGCGAGCAUGUCCCUAAGAUUUCCCCGGAUGUCCUGAGGAAGAUGGCCAAGUCUUUCACCAAUGAGGAAGACAUUGUCAAGCUUCAAAUCAUCAAUCUGGCUGCCAAGCUCUAUCUCACCAACUCCAAACAGACUAAGCUGUUGACGCAGUAUGUUCUCAACUUGGCCAAGUACGACCAGAACUACGACAUCCGCGACCGGGCGCGCUUCAUUCGCCAGCUCAUCGUGCCCACAGAAAAGAGUGGAGCUCUGAGCAAGUACGCUAAGAAACUCUUCCUCGCCCUGAAACCGGCACCAGUCCUCGAGUCUCCAUUUAAAGAUAGAGACCACUUCCAGUUAGGCUCAUUGUCCCACCUGCUGAAUGCCAAGGCUGGGGGCUACCAGGAGUUGCCUGACUGGCCUGAAGCUGCCCCCGACCCCUCCGUGCGCAACGUGGAGGUGAAGGAGUCUGUUUUUACGCUGCUUGAAAGAGUCACAACAUUAACGAGUGUGCCUGAAUGGACCAAGUGCAGCAGCCGAGAGAAGCGGAAGGAGAAGAAAGUAGAGAAGCCGUUCUACUCGGACUCAGAGGGCGAGUCUGGGCCGACGGAGUCAGCUGAUAGUGAGUCAGACUCUGCCAACGGCUCGGAGAGCGUCAGUGGCAGCGAGGUGAGCGGGUCGGGAUCAGAGAGUGAAGAGAGCGAGGAAGGCUCUGAGUCUGAGGAGGAGGAGGAAGAGGAGGACGAGGAGAAAGACAAGAAAAAGAAAAAGAAGGAAUUAAAGAAGAAGCCCGUUCAGGAGAGUGAAAGUGAGCAGAGCAGCGAAGAAGAAGAAGAAGAGAGGAAGCAUGAGAGGAAGAGUAAACCACGAAAGAGCGAUUCUGAGACUGAGUCUGGCGAUGAGGAGGAGAGCGAGUCUGAGAGCAGCCAAUCAGAGUCCGACGAGUCUGAGUCUGAGGCAGAGGUCAAAAAGAAAAAAAAGGCAGCUCAAUCAAAACCUCCCGCCAAACCCGUCAAGACAGACGGCAAGAAAGAGAAGAAAGAAAUGUCUCUACUUGACCUCGAUGACUUUGAACCUGCACCAUCUCCUCAAGUCACACCCGUCAACUCCUUCCUGUCCAGCAGCCUCGUCACCGACCUGGAGGGACUGUCUCUGUCUGACAGUGUUCUCUCUCCAGCAACCAUCGCUCCCUCUAGUGCGCUGAAGAGCUACGAGCUGCUGCACCGCAUCACGGGGGAGGGUCUGUCGGUGGAGUACUGCUUCAGCCGGCAGCCGUUCAGCCCCGACGCAAACAUGGUGGCCGUGCAGAUUCAGUUCACCAACAACGCCACGUCUGACACCAAGAACCUGCACAUGGAGGAUGUGAAGCUGCAGUCUGGGAUGAGAGUCAAAGAGUUCCCAGAGAUUGAGCUGCUGCCGGCAGGAGAGACCACCACAGCUGUGAUGGGCAUCGAUUUCUGCGAUUCAACACAAGCGGCAAACUUCCAGCUGUGCACUCACACCAGGAAGUUCUUCGUGUCCAUCCAGCCACCAGUUGGGGAGCUGAUGAGGCCCAUCUUUCUCACUGAGAACGAGUUUAAAAAGGAACAAGGUCAGCUGAUGGGUAUGAACGAGAUCACGGAGAGGCUGACUUUGGACGUGAAGUGCCGGAACGAACACACCAUUGUUCAGCGGGUGACCACCGCUGCCAACCUCAGCAGAGUCCCCUGUGGUUCAGAUAAAGAGUGCAGUCCUCCUGUUCCUCCUCCUCCUCCUGAUCAUCCUGUCCACAGGUUCGCCGGCAGGACGGUGACCAGUAGCAGCCUGGUGUUGGUCACCGUGGCGACCAAAGAGGAAGGAGCCGCGCAGCUGACGGUCAACUGCGAGAAAAUGGUGAUCGGCACGAUGCUGGUGAAAGACAUCCUCCAAGCUUUGACGCAGUGACCCCGCUCGACGUCUGUCCGCCCGCCUGCUUCUCUUCCUCCUCCUCCUCCAUCCCCCACUUCAUGUGUAGCAUCUCUCCUGUAAGCAGUGUCAAUGACCACGUCUCCAGGUUGUUGUUUAAGAGCCUCCCUGCUGCUUUCAUUGAAGACUCCCACACGUUAUAGUUGAUGUUCCUGACAAUCAGACAUGAAUUAAAUUUUUCAAUCUUCAGUUCAUUUCAGUUGUAUUUCUACAGCCCAAAUUCAAAAAUCUAAUUUUGCCUCUGUGGGCUUUACAAUCUGUACAUGGAGGGACAACGUCUGUCUUUCUGUCCCCCCCAACAGAGAGAAAAAAGGGAAGAAACCACAGAGGAAUCCGUCUCCUAGGACGGACAGAUGUAAAAUAGAUGUUGUGUGUACAGAGCACGUCAACAAGAAAACAUAUUUCACACCAUCAUAACAAUAUUGAUAUAUGAUUAGUUAUACAUGUACAAUAAAAACAGUGCUACCAGUUAUUGUUAUGGUCGUUAGUGAUGGCAGUAAUCGUUUCCCUUUGUUGAAAGCACAGUUGGAUUUAGUGGUCUCUAAAUUUACGAGGGGAAAAAGAAUAUGAAGCAGAUGUGCAUCUUUAUGAUCGGCAUAAUUCUUUAAUGGAUAUUUAUUUUGGUAUAUUUGCUUAAUUUGGUAGCUGCAGGUCAAGGCAGGGGAUGGGGGGGUGUCAUGCGGGUGCUUCCUUAAAGAGUAAUGAUAAGGUUCUGAUAAGUGACCCAAACUGCAGAACAAUGACCUCAGACAUUUUAAGGAGAUUUAUUAUCAUUAUUAUUAUUAAGAUCAAACUGUAAAGUCCAGUGCAGGGCAGACAGAGGUGGAGAGGGAGUGUUUAAACCUGACCAGAAGCAUACUAAGUGAACAAAUUCAAAAGUAACAAACAGGCCUUACCUCC